AUGGAGUCAGCCGCCGCUGCCCUAGGCCUGGUAGCAGGUGUUGGCAGUGUCAUCACAAUAGUGAGCAAAACCAUUACCUCCCUGAACACAGCACGCAUCAAAUUCUCUGAGGCAGAUCUGAGCGUCGAGCUUCUCGUGGGCCAGCUCUAUACGGUCCGGACGGCUUUGACUCAGGUCGAAGCAUUUGUGAGGGAAUCUCCUUUCUUCGACGAAAACCAUGAGGAGUUUGCUACCGAUCUCUGUGUGGCUGUGGAGCACUGUAAGCUCCUGGUGCAGCAUAUCGAUGACCAAAUAUCUCGUCUCGACUGGGUUGCGGGAGACCCUCUCAACAACCAGAGCAAAGCUCGUCUGCUGCUGGAAGAGCGCAUAUUGCGUGACAACAUGAUGCUCCUUAACAACCAGAUAUCGGCCCUGAACCUUUGUUUGACAGCCUUUCGAUGCCGUCCAAGCCUCCCAGCCAAGGAAGCGUUCGAGCGCGAGCUCGCUCAAUAUCGAGAACGCCAACUUGCCGAUGACGCAGCCUCCGCAAAGCUGGCGGCCGACCUCAUGAGCUUUCCGCCCCCACUGGACCCAGCGUCGAGUCCACAGACCACUUCACGACCUAGCCUGAUCAAGAAAUUCGACCUUGAUAAAAUAUCCUUGAAAGCCAACUUCUACGAACACGGUCUCCGCUCUCUUAGCAGAUCUAGUAGUCUGGGUACACACGAAUCUCAAAGGCAGUCGUCCGUCACUCUGAAGAGCUCAAUACUACGCCUCUCAAAUUCGGUUGCCCAGUCCGCGCGGCUGGACUCUCUCAUUAAGCGCGAGGCUACGCAGAGGGACAGACAAGUCAAGCUUCUUGCCUUCGGUCAACGGCCGUCAACUGUCAUUAAAAGGCUUCGUUUUGCAUUGGCAUCCCCGCCUCAGCCCGAAGAGGUGGAGCGUUGUCGACGUAUGGUCGUACCGUCAGCCGUCAAAUCUCUUCUCUCACUAGCAGAGUACGUCGGUAACUCCGUUGCACUCUUCCACAUCGUCAAAAAGCAGAGUGACAUCCAGGUGCUCGAGUCAUUCGUCGAAGCCGGCGGCCCGGCCUGGGAGGUUUCAGUAGAGGUCAGCAAGGCCGCAAUGUCGCUCUGGACUAGCCCGCGUGUCCAGGAGUGUUUCAAGAACAUGAACCAGGACUACCCGUCUGCAUACUUUCUGAGGGCCACCGAACGUGUUCUGCAGCCUGACUACGAGCCUACGCUCACGGAUAUUGUCAAAUCCGAUGAGGAUCAAAAAGCGACUGCCACAGAAGCCAAACUGGCAGUCGAAGACAUCUCCGUUGACAUCAUUGACGCCCCGCAACCCAAGCUGCAACGCUUCAUGCGCCACUUCGACGACGCCGACGCCUUCCUGAUCACCCUCGACCUCAGCACGUACGACCACUACCCCGAAGGCUCAAACUUGAGCUCCCUCGAGUUGACGCUCCAGGAAGUCAAGAACCGCUGCCGCCACAACUGGCACGGCGAAAAGCCCGUCAUCGUCGUCAUGUACAAUACCGCCGUCUUCCGGCGCAAGGUCGCCGUCUCAUCCAACCACUUCUCCGACUGCCGUCCGCCAAAGGACUUCCAGGCCGCCAAGGACUACGUCUUACAGCGCUGCCGCCGUGUCAUCCAUCCAGAACAGCCGCUGUUCUACCAUUACUCUGAGGAUGACGCCGAGGAUCCGUUGAUUGUGGAUUUCUUCAAGAAAAGCGUGCUCGAGCUGCCGCACCUCAUUGCCUGUAUUAAGAACUUGAAUCAUUUGGUUGGCAUUACGCCCAAGCCGGGCGUGUAUAUGAGGAGGCACACUAAGGCCAGAUCGACGCCCAAGGGGCAGCGGUCGGCUUCGUUACCGAUUUUGUAA